ACGGGUCCACCCUCGACGCGUCAGGUCUCGUCCUGCAGCUCGGAGCGCACGCCGACAGCCUCUGCGUCCCUCCUGCUCCCAGACUCACCCCACACGCGCCUCCACCUGGUUUCGGACGCAUCUGUAGGAAGAUUCUUUUAUGACGUUUAUUCACUUAGAACUUUUUUUAGAGAAACGCACGUUAGUCCGUUUAACCAGUUGGACCAGGGGAUAGAAAGUGAGCGCACGCAAUGUGGAGCAUCACCUUCACAUGCUCAUGUGUUUGGUCUGUGCAUCUUCUUCGCCUCUCGAUUAGACGCGCGCACAUGAUGGGCAGGAGUCGGUCGUCGGUGACUCAUGGAGCCGCACUGAUGCUGCUCUUCAUAACCUGCAGGGAAUGCACCGGGUUCACGGUGGAUCCUCCCGAGGACCUGGUGAUAUUCGACCCUGGUCAUCUUGGACAUCUUGAGAUCAGGUGGAGCCCCCCGGCCAGGCUGAUCAACAAGACCGAGUGCCCCAAACACUAUCAGCUGGAGUACUUCAGCACAUACAAGGGCGGCUGGACUGCUAUCAGGACGCCGGGAAGGUCAUACAGCGCCCAGUUUGAUCUGAUGAAAGACAUUAGGGUGAAGGUGUUCACCUUGCUGAGUGGCCCCUGCACCAACGGCACAAUGGUCAAGAGUAAGAGCUACACUGAGCUGGUCCAGAAACCCCUCAGCACAGGUGUUGAGGGUACCAGGGUCAAGGAUUUCAUCUGUGUGUUCCACAAAAUGGAGAACAUGGAGUGCAAAUGGGGAAGAAGCGCAAAGAUGCCUGCCACCUCUCAGCAAAAUCUGUAUUUCUGGCACAAGCAACUGGAGCACGCAGAGGAAUGCCCGGAAUACAUCAUUUCAGGUGGUGUCAGAAUUGGUUGCAACUUCACAGGAAAAGUUCUCCCCGAUUUCACAGAUAUCAAUUUCUGCAUCAACGGUUCCUCCGCAGAAGGAGCCCUGAAACCAACAUUCAUAUCCCUGCAGAUCCAAAACCACGUGAAACCUGGGGCCACAGAGAAGCUGUAUCUGCGAACAGCUCCAGACACGCAGUUAGAAUUACAUUGGGAGUGUCCUGUCGGAAGUGUUCCUGAACACUGCCUUGAAUGGGAGGUGGAACACAGUCAAGAGGGACCUGAUGGAAAAAUUGCAUCACAGCAGAUUCUAACCCAACAGAAGAGCCUGACUCUGCCCCUCAUCCACGACGAUGAGCGGAACUGCUUCAGGGUUCGGUCCCAAUUGCACAAAUAUUGUGUCGACAAAAGCUAUUGGAGUGAGUGGAGUCUUCCAAACUGUUACCCAGAAAUGAAAGAAGUCACACCUGAACCAGAAUGGGACAUGGUACGAGUCUAUGUAUAUAUCGCCGUUGCCAUCACUGCCAUGCUGGUGCUCUCUCUGUGUUUGGGGACAAUGAUCAAAGUGAGGAGUUCAAGACCAGAGAAGAAGCAGGACCCUCUGCACACCACCCUGCUUGUCAGAAAUUCAGUUCUUCGAAAGGCAGAGGCCUAAAAAGGCAAAACUAACUAACUAACUAAGAAACAAACAAAAAAUGUUUUAUUUUUGCAUUUGAUCUCUUUCAUUAUGCAGGGUCUCUACUAUGAACCCCUCAAGGAUGAAGUCGUGACCUGAGAUUGUAGCCACUGCUUACGCAUUAGUGAAGAUACUACAACUAGACGGAAAGCUACAGGGACUUAUUUACAAAAAACCCCCCUAUAAUUCAGAAAGUAUUAUGCUAUCCCAACAUGCUGUACUGUGCUCACCUUUUUAUUUGAAUUAUUAUGCGAAUGCUUGAAUGUAUAUGAACUACUUUGAGAUGUCAUUUUAACUGGAAAUCUUGCACUUACGGAGAUGAAUAUUACAUUUUACAUUUGUUUUUUGCUUUUUGCAGCCACUCUUGCCAGCUGACUCAGUUAUACUGUUUUCCAGUACAUUUACAUUUCCAGGGCAGAAAGCUGAACAUUGGAUAAAACCAGGUCCAAGUGUUUGUAUGGCGGGGACAUUGUAUCCAUAAAUCAGAAAAUGUGCAUACAAGAAAAGCCUGAGGUGGGGAGAGCACACCUUCCUACCAUCACAUGAGCCUUUACGGAAUGUGAGGCAAAGAGAGCAGCAAUUUAAGAUGCGCAGUGUUGAGGAAUUUAUCUCCUCUCCUCUCAUGAGAAACUGCAAAGAUGAGUGCUCUCGUGAACUAUGCGAGGUCAUCUUAUCUGUGGCCGGCCGAGACGUCGAUGGGCAGCUGAAGGCCGUCUCGGGGGUCAUGGUCACAGAGUUUAGCCUACAUCUUGCAAGACACAUGGUAAAAAUAGAACGUACUCAGGCAGAGUGUAACUAUGGAGAUAGCCAUUUUGUUUGUGGGUCAACGACAUUACUCUGAGAGAGCUUAAUGCACCUACAGAGGCCAAAGAUAGGCAGAUUAUCUUGGGACGCCAUACACUGUCCACCUGUUGAUCUGUGUACGAACCAGAAAUCUCCUCAAUAUUGAGCCCUUAUAAUUAAUACAUCUGCUUAGGACA